AGUGACACAGAGCCAUAGCCGCUAUACGGGUCACUCCCUCUUUGGUGGACAGCACACAACACGCAGUGAGAGGGUUAAUGGGUCGCCUCCGCCCCUCCCCUUCUCAGUGUGACAGUAUAGCCGCCGGUAAAUAUGGCACUGACACAGGAAGGGCGUACACAGGCCGCCAGCAGCCGCCCCCUUCUCCUCCCAUGGCCGGGGCAUUCCCUCCCUCCGCCCGGGGAAAGUUGUCACGUCCUUAGCUGCUGUGUGUUUUCCCCGUGUCCCUCUGACUGGGAGUAGAAGCUGCAUACAGUACACGCGAUCUAGAGACGCUCUGCCCGGGGAGCGAGCCACAAGUCAUGAAUUAUACAGCAGCAAGCACAUCCAUUGCUGAUUCUGACAUGGAAUUUGAUAAGAACGUACCCAGGAUAUGUGGAGUCUGUGGAGACAAAGCAACUGGAUUCCACUUUAAUGCAAUGACGUGUGAGGGCUGCAAAGGUUUCUUCAGGAGAAGCAUGAAGAGGAAGGCUGUUUUCACGUGUCCUUUUACAGGGGACUGUAGGAUAACCAAAGAUAACAGACGGCAUUGCCAGUCCUGUCGCCUGAAGCGUUGUGUUGAUAUUGGCAUGAUGAAAGAGUUUAUUCUAACAGAUGAAGAGGUUCAGAGGAAGAGGGAAAUGAUAAUGAAACGUAAAGAAGAAGAAGCGCUGAAAGUGUCUCAAAGACCCAAAUUAACAGAUGAGCAACAGAACAUUAUUGACACUUUGUUGGACGCACAUCGUAAAACUUACGAUCCAACCUAUUCAGAUUUUAAUCAGUUCAGGCCACCAGUCAGAGAAAAUGUGACUAGAAGAAUCACAAGAUCCUCAUCUGUUCAAACCCAGAGCUAUUCCUCAGACUCUGAUGCCUUUAACUCCUCCCCAGAUCCGUCUGAAAAUGCUUUUUUCCCGAGCUCCCUCUUCGGUGACUAUAGCAGUGACCAUUCUAAUGGUUCUCCUGACCUCUCAAUGCUGCCUCACCUCGCAGACCUGGUUAGUUAUAGUAUACAGAAAGUCAUUGGAUUUGCAAAGAUGAUACCUGGAUUUCGUGACCUUACUGCCGAGGAUCAGAUUGCCCUGCUGAAAUCAUCUGUUAUUGAAGUUAUAAUGCUGCGCUCUAAUCAGUCCUUUUCCCUGGAAGACAUGGCCUGGUCAUGCGGCAGUGACGACUUCAAGUACAAAGUUGACGACGUGACUCAAGCUGGUCAUAACAUGGAGCUUCUGGAACCUUUAGUAAAAUUCCAGGUGGGGCUAAAGAAACUAAGCCUUUAUGAAGAAGAACACGUACUCUUAAUGGCCAUCUGUAUUCUUUCACCAGACCGUCCAGGGGUACAAGAUAAAGCACUUGUUGAAGCAAUUCAAGAUCGUCUCUCCUCUACUCUGGAAACGUACAUCCUCUGCAAGCAUCCACUCCCAGGGAGUCGUCUUUUAUACCCUAAGAUGAUCCAGAAACUGGCAGAUCUCCGCAGCUUAAAUGAGGAGCAUUCCAAGCAGUAUCGCUUCCUCUCAUUUCAGCCAGAGCACAGCAUGCUGCUCACUCCACUAGUGCUGGAGGUUUUUGGGAAUGAAAUCUCUUAAGUUAACAUUUAAGACUUUUCAUUUCAGUGGAUUUGUGAGUAAUUUAAUGUAUCCAACUAACUUGGGUCUCAAUUUGGUUUUCUGCUAUGGGAAAUUACUGGGGUCUUUUUUUUAAAUGAAAAGAUAAAUAAUUAAUUGGCUGUAUAUAGUGCAUAUUAUUUAAAGACCCAUCUAAGGAAGCUAAAUUGAUGGUUACUGUACUUUAAUUAUGCUACAAAUGGAUGAAUUCCAUUGGCAUGCUGUUGAUGUAAUGUUUCAAUUUAAGAAGCUUUGCCAUGUUGUGUGCCUUUCAGACAGCAUAUUUGAAAUCUUGUAAACUUGAUCUAUUUAGCCUUUGUGGGACUAUUCUUGUACAAAAGCCAUUGUUCACUAAAUCUAAAACUUGAGAAUCCCGUGCCAAUAUCUGAAGAACUCUAAAAGCCUUAACCUAUUUUUUCAAUUAUAUCAUAGAAUGUAAAUAUACUAAACAAAUGGCGGUUUAACCAAAAUGUAUAGAUGUGACUUAUAUAUUACAAAAUUUUCCUUAUUGCUCAGAAGUUGCCCGUGCACAGACAGAUCCAGCCGCUUAAAGAGCAGACAUGCCAACUAUGGGGCAGAUGUAUUAACCUGGAGAAGGUA